AUGGAGGCAACUCCAAAAGCCUGUGUUGCUCCUCCGGACAUCCGCUUCCCUGAAGGCGACAUUGGUGAAGAUCAGAGAGUCAGAGAAAGAGAAACAGAGGGACUUCUUGGAGGAAGUGUCAAAAGAAAAAGAUGCCGUUCGAGAUCAGAUGAUCAGUCAUAUGCGACUGAAGCGUUUGACGAAGAGGCGGGAGACCAUGUCGUUGUCGUUGUCCUCGAAAUCGGGAGCAGCGAAAUUCGUAUUGGCUUCUCAGGAGACCAAACGCCUAGACAUCGCCUGCCUGCGUUCCUCACUCGCAUUGUGCAAGCGGCGCCUCACGAUGGAGGCCUCAUCUCUCCUCUCUCCUUUCCAAGGACGUUCCUGGGAGAAGACGCUUUCACUGCAGCAACGCAGGCAGCCGAAGAUGGCGGCUGUGCGGUUGACGUCAUUGCUGCUCAUCCGCAGCAUCCACUGGCACCUUCUAGGGAAUCGUACGAUAACCUUUUCGUUGUGAUAGACGCUGCACUUGACAAGCUUCUGAAUGAGUGCGAGCAAGAGGCAGCAGGGCCGAUCGCCAGCGGAAAGAACGCGUUCACAGGGUCUCGCGGCAAAGCUGCAAGGCACCAGCCGACUGUUGAGAUUCCCUGGGCACUCCUGGCAGUUGUCCCCGUCAUCUGUGACCAACGGCUAGCGACUUGUUUGCUUCGCUGGGCUCUGGAGGCACGACGAGACGUUUUCGGAGCCGUGAAGCUCGUGGCUGACGCUCGAAUGGCGGCGUAUCACCACCUUCUUCUUCUCCCGGAAGAUCAACGGAGUGCCGAGAAAGGGCUCCUCGUAGUCGACGCCGGCGAGACAGCUGUCCGCGUGCUGCCAGUCACCGGCCAUGCACUCACGCCGGGGACGCAUGCGCUUCAGCAGUCGGAGGUGGCGGGAAGUUUGUUGACUUCUCUCGUUCUCUUUCAUCAGGAGAGGCGCGGGGAAGGGAUUCGCGGGGUCCAGCGAGGCAUGACUUGGAGAGAGGCGAUGCGGUACAAGGAACAGUGUUGUUUUGCCAGUCUGAGUCCGUCUGUCGAUCUCCAGCUUCACAGAAGGCACCGGCAACUUCAGCCGCCUUUCGUCACCGGGAACCUCGUGCGCCAGCCGUCGACCGACGCCUUUCUGUUCCCAGAGAUCUUUUUCACUCCUCAGCUGCUGCGGAAUGCGAACCUUUCUCCGAUUGUGAACUCCACAUCGCAGGCCAGCCUCACGCAAGUGAUUCUCGACGCAUUUGGAAAAGGAACUGUCUGCGAAAGAGCCUUUUGGCUGUCGCGCAUUUGUCUUGUGGGAGGAACGGCGAAGCUAGGCAACUUUGCACUUCGACUGCAGGACGAACUGAGGGUCGCGUGGCAAAGCGUCGACCCCUCGGCCUAUAUACAGAGAAAAGAAGACGUUCCCAUUCGCUUGCUGGUCUCGGACGAUCCGCAGUUGGCAGCCUUUCGCGGCGCCUCAGAGUUUGGCAGAGUAGCCGUCCUCGAUGAAGAGGCCUGGAUAACUCGAGAAGAGUACGCAGACACAGCCGCGAUUCCUGCUCUAGGGAGACGCGCCCUGCGUCAUGCGAACUUUGGAUAGCGCACGCCUAUCCCCUUUUCGCGAGAAUUUGCAGGUGUCACUUCAUAAAGACCUAACGCAAACUCGCGCCGCAGUGACCCGGCACUCGAGCACCCGGAAGUGUCAGAAGCGCAUUUCGCUUCCCAGCGCUAAGCGAAAACGAGGGCAUUUAAGGAUUUGCACCCUCAAGGCACCACGUCGUUUUGGUGAAUGAUGAGGCAGGAACUCCGGACCGACGUUGCAGUUCGUUUGGCAUCUGUAAAUAGCAAAAAGCCCUCUGGGACUGUGACAUUUCCACCAGUUUUGCUGCUUCAGUGGGUUGUGUUGUGCUUCCC